AAAUGAAGAAGAAAGUGUGAAAGCUACUCACUCCGGAACCUUUUUUUUUUUUUUUACCAGUGUUUUGUUUCCUUGCGGAGUCUAAACCAGAACGGACACACGUGUCUGACUUGCUAGAGGAAAACACGACACAUUAUGUAAACUGAUCAAAUAGCGGCAAAUUGGCACAUUAAACUAGUCGUUUUUUUGCGAAUAAUGUUAAAUACUUCUACCAUAGAGUCUUAUAGAUAUCAACACAUCUGAUUAAGUCUCGCGUGUACGUGCACAGCCGACCAUGAAGAUCAAGCGACAAAAGCAAGCCAAGAAAACGUUAUCAUUUUACAAAUAUAAUUUUUGCUUCAGGGAACCUUAUCAGGUUCUCAUUGACGGGACUUUUUGCCAGGCCGCGUUGAAGAACAAGAUUCAAAUCAAGGAGCAAAUACCGAAAUAUCUAAUGGGCGAAGUGCAGCUGUGCACCACCAACUGUGCUCUGAAAGAACUGGAAACUCUGGGGAAAGAACUCUAUGGGGCAAGAGUCAUUCUGCAGCGGUACCAAGUGAGGAGAUGUCCACAUUUCAAGAACCCUGUUCCUGCUUCCCAGUGUCUGCUGUCCAUGCUGGAGGAGACAAACCCACAUCACUACUUUGUCGCCACACAGGACCGCGCGCUAACAACGGGCCUGAAGAAGAUCCCCGGCGUGCCUCUACUCUACAUCAUCGUCAACACCAUCGUGCUGGACAAACCCGACCAGCUGUCGCUCGACCACGUCCAGGCCGUGCAGCUGGGGGAGCUGGUGAGCCCCAGCCAGCAGCAGAGCCUCCGCAGUAUGAAGAAGGAGCAGGGCAUAGUCGCUCGGAAGGACGGGGACAGACGCGGGAAGAAGAGGAAACGGCCCAACCCCAACCCUUUGAGCUGCCUGAAGAAGAAGAAGAAAGGAGUGCCCACACCUCCACUUAAAAAAAGCGAAGAUGGUCAGAAGAGGCGCCGACACAAGAAGAGUAGAACAGAGGGAGGUGAUGCACCGUAGAAUUAUUUACCGUUAACAUGUGUGCUGAAAAUAUGUUUAUUUCCAUGGCAACAUAUUACAUACAGUACAUAUACAUCAUCAACUUUGCUAACAACUCCAACAAUAAAUCAACACACAAUCCUUUUA